GUUGACACAAGAAGUGGUAGGUGGAAAUGCACUGCUGCCAGUACCACAUUAACAACCAACAACAGCAUCUAAACAUUCUGCUUUGGGGAUUUUUCUCUCACCAAAAUCCCUCCUGAGACGUUUGCAACCCUGCCUUCCCUCAGAACAAGACCCUGAGAUACUUGAACUCCAUCUGGGGGCAAGACCUCACUCCCAACUCCAAGAUACCUGAACCACCUAAAGACUUCUCAACCUGAAGGAUGCCUGUGCUGUUCUUAACAAGGGUGAAAUUGUUCCACACAAUAAGAAUCAUUUGAACGAAGCAUUUAUCCACUGAAGACUAAAUCAAACAGCAACAAUUUCUUCUUCCAGGCACAACUGUAAAACAUUGAGAAAACAAACCCCUCACUGAUGAACUUUCACAUACUAAUUCAUCUUUAGUGUACCUUCUUCAUUGAGUGCAUAAGGCUCAUGGUAUUUUUUCAUAUUAGAUUUUUUUGUAUGAUUUUUCACUUUCAGAAGUGUCCUCUUUUUACACCCAGCACCUUGGCAAAAGGAAAAAUAGAUCACAUUUAUAAAAUUAACAGCAACAACAACAUCAUUGGUAUUGAUAAGACUCACGAUCAACAAAAAUAUAAAUGCAACACUUUUGUUUUUGCUCCCAAAAAGUUUUAGAUCUUUCAGUUAAUCUCAUAAAAAUUGGAGCAAAAACAAAAGUGUAGUUUACCUUCCAUAUUGUAGUAGUUUUGUGUGUUUGGGUAUUAAAACAAACUAGAACUAUGCCACAGGUUUACAGCAUAAACUGGAGGUGGCAUAUUAGCCAAGCCCCUGUAUUAACCCCUGUUAAUAUUCUAAUGAAGGAGAAAGCCAAAUACCUUAGCCAAUGCAAAUCCUCCUCCACACCCACGAGUUCCUUUUUGCAACUUCUACCAUUCAUGUCAUGGAUGCUCAACAAUCUCAUGGUGUUUUGGCGUCUCGCGUGCUGCCAUCAAUCCUGCUUCAACAUUUGUCACGUGCGUUUGCGUAUUGAGUCCCUGUGCUGCUGCUAAUCAAAAUUUGACAGGUGCGUUUAGCGUCUUGGCGUCUCGGAAAUUGCGUCACCACGUACUACGCUAUAUAACAGCAACAAUAGUGCCGCGGAAAUUGGACAGUUGUAAAACCUUCCCUAUGAAUGAUUAAUAAGUAAUGUAUGAAUGAAAAUGAAUAAGCAAUGAAUCAUUUCAACAUGAAGUGGACGAUAAGUACGAGCAAAGAAACCUGCCAUGUUAUUUAUUCCGAGAAGACUCUUUCAUUUGCGAUGAAAUCCAAAUCUUUUUUUUUACUUAUAUUUGAUAUUGUUUGUGAACAAAAACAGCAAGUCCUCCUUUAACUCUUUCCUUUCUACUUGAAAAUCCUCAAUUGUACUGACAAGGGCAACGAAGUCAAGUUUGCGUCAAGGCAAUGACUGAAAAGCCAUGUUUCAGGGCAGCCAAGUGAUGCAUCAAUUGAUCCUUAUUCUUAGCAAGGCUGCUUAUGUUGACGCAGACGUCACUAUUGUGUCAAACGCUGAGAAAGCAGCAGUCAGCUCGAUAAUUCAAACAGGAUCAAACAUGUAAGGUGAUAAUAAAUUCAUCGUACAAUCCAAUCAACAAACUAUGACAUGAAGUUACAUUAAGGGAACUUUGCUGUUUGAUUGGUUUCACCUUAUUCUAGCUCAGGCUUAAUCGUAAUUGAAUUCUUUGUUGGAAAUGUCACUCGUGUCACUUUUAACAAUGUGGGAUUGUAUGUGUAUUAUUUCUACUAUCAUCAGACCUUUAUGAAUUUAAAACUUUUACAAAAUGCAAAGCAAGUAACUGAAAAAAGAUGACCUCAACCGUAGCUUCCUGUGCCCAGUGUCGUCAGUGCCGGAAAUGCCUUAUAUGGGUAAACCUCAGUGGCUGCUGGGUUGUGGGAGAAGCCUUUGUGACGUCAUCGGGCUUCGGGGAGUACUGCAGGACGUACUGAUGUAAGAAGUACUGAUGGUACCUGCGAGGACGAAGUCUACAUUUCUUGCUAGAUCAACUUCGCGGACUUAAAAUGAGGACAAAAGGCUCAAGACUGAUUGAUAUUUUCCCGCUGCUUUUUCUAGUCCUUCUGGAAAGCGCCGUCUCAGGAUCCUAUCCUACAGCACAGAACGUCACCUGGAAAUCCACAAAUUUUAAAACCAUUCUGACCUGGCAGCCAUUCCCAAGCGAUUACUCGCACACCGUGGAGUUCUCUGUGAUUGGCAGGAACAAAGAGAGGAACAGAAAUUGCAUACGAACUUCAACAAGUACGUGUGAUCUGACGUAUUCUCUGACUGACGUCAACGCUUGCUAUGUGGCCUACAUUCUGUCUGAACCCCCCCUGGGAGUCACCUCUGACCUGACUGAGUUCCCCUACACAAAAUCAUCAACAUUCUGUCCCUACAAGGACACUGACAUUGGCAGAGUGGAUUUCAAGCUGGAGGUGAGCAAGGACAAGGAGAAGACUUGGCUGUUGGUGACAGACCCGCUGACUGCUUUGUUUCAAGAAGAUCAGCAGCUGAACAUCAGGGACAUUUUUUCAGAGAAGUUACAGUAUAAAGUUACUUAUCGUAGGAACAAGAGCACUGGCAAGAAAGUGUACAUCUCAAAGAGCAACGUGAUGGAGAUACCGGAUCUGGAUCACGGGGAAAGCUACUGCUUUACGGUUCAGGCCUUCAUUCCAAGCCGAAGCAUUGACAAACAGCUGGGAAAGCCCAGCCAAACUCAGUGCUCCGAGGACCACAAACAAAGCAUCCUUGAAGUGUAUUCAGUGGGAGUGAUUGCAGGUGGCAUCCUCCUUGUUUUGCUGCUGAUCAUUGUCAUCACCGUCGUAACAAUCGUGUGCUGCAGGCACAGGAAGAAACGGGAGAAAAGUGAGAAUGAAAGCGUUCCACUACAGAGUGUGGAACGUCUUUCAUCCAGCAACACCAGAUUGACAUGAAAAGUUUCAUUUCCUAACAUAGUAAUCAAGAGUAGAGUUUCUGUGAAACCGCUUGUGAAUACGGGCAUUCAUCAGGUCAUUCAAUGCCCUGCCAAUUUCUGUGAAAAUGCUUUUUGUCUGACAAUGCCUUUCUCUCGCAGUCGAAAUGAUCGAAAAGACAAGCAAUAAGAAUGUUCUGUUCACAUGUUCGUCAUUCCCAAUAUUGUUGCAUCAUGACAAAUGUAUUUUUACAGCAAAACGACAAAAUGCUUAUCUUUGUUACAUUUUGUUGCGUCCAUGCUGACAAAAAGCCUUAUUUGUAUUUGUUGUUAUUUGUGUAUCAACAAUUGUACAUAUAAAAACGCCUUGUUGAACUUUUCCACAUACUGCUUUAAAAAUAUGAAUGUUGACGAGGGCUGUCACGAGACCUCCAACUCACAACACCACACGAGAUUGGGUCUGCAAGACAAGAUGUGAUGGGAUUUUAACAUGAAUCGACUUUUGCUGGGUUUUGUUUAUUUUAUUGCAAUUAGCCACGUUCCACAGAUGGCACCUACGCCACACUUUGUUCACACCCAUGUGUGUUCGGCGAGCCAGACUGUCUUGGUUUCACCAGGAAGGCGAAGCAUUGCCUUCUUGGCUCUGUCAUUGUAUUUUGGAGGAGUUUACGCAGUUUUCAGACCGUCAUUGCAUGAGAAUUGGCGGUGAAGCUCCAGAGGUGCACGCGGCAGAUACUCAAAGCAACAAUUCCUGACUUUCACUUGUAAUGCACGCCCCAACUCGCUUUAACUUGUCAACAUGGAUCUCUGCUACGAACUAUAAGAGGUGUGUUGUGAAGCGGUGUUUGUAAAGGGUGCAGACAAGUCUGUGUUUUGAUCUGCCAAAUCUAAGUAACUUUGAUCAAAUGUAGAAUUACUACACCUUCCGCUUGGCGAAAGCUGUCCCACAACAUUUGAUGACAGAAAAAACAGCCACAUGUCACUCACUGCUGCUGGGAAGUAAGAGGUAGGUUGGAUUACAAGGUCUAUAGUGUACGUUAAGCACUUAAUGUGCGGUUCCAAUAAUGCCUCGCACACUGCCACUUCCAUAUUAGUGUAUCAUCAUUCAUAGUAGCUAUGCCAUAGUUCACAGUCUGAUUGGCUUUUGGCUGCCUUGUUCUCACGAGACAGAUCUUCUCCAAACGAGAAAUCUCAUCACGUUUUAAUUUCGCGAGAUCUUGUGACACCCAUAGUGUUGAUGGAUGUACUAUAAUAUUGAGGUACUGUAUAUCAAUUAAUACAUUUGUUUCCUCCUCACUGCACGAAUGUAAGCCCUUAGCGCCUGUUCCACACCGUGCUGCACCCAAACAAAUCCCACAAUCCUUUGCCAUGUGAGCAGCGAUCCUGAUCAAUAACCAAUUUAGGGCUACAACUAACGAUUAUUUUAAUAAUCGAUUCAUCUGUUGUUGUUUUUUUAUUAAUCUGGUUUUUUUGUGUUUUUUUAAAACACACAUUUUAAAUUUCCGCCUCUUAGCAGCAGUCCCCAGAAUGCAUGAAUGGACUUUUUCCCUCCCUAAAAUCAUAGCAAAGAGGGUGAGGAACAGGAAUUUCUCAGACACCGAAAUUGAAGUAGAGAAGUAUAAUCAAAUGACAAACAUCACCAUCACUAUGCUGCAAAUCCACGAGUCACUGGCAGACUUCUACAUGUGCAUCACCAAUAAAUAAGAAAUAACAAAUAAAUAAACUUUAGGGGGUCAGGGCAGUGCCUCGUUUGGUGGUCAAGUUGUGAAGCACGUAGAAAGAUGAUAUGGCCUGCGCUGGACAGGCACAGCCAUAGCUAUUUGUAGUUUCACUGGUCUACCACUAGGUUUUUGUGUACCCAUGGUAAGAGUUGAGCAUAAAUGUAUGCAUUUUCCUACACACAAGUACAAGUGGAUAAAUCCCAUACUUUGCAUGGGAAUGUUCUUACGUAUAUAUCUGCAGUGGUUUGCUUUGCAAGAUGCAGAAAAAGGCAGAAAUGUCGAUUGCUCUUUUCCAAAGUCAAAGCUGAUGUGUGUGAUUAUCUGCUUUUGCCUGAAACACAAAUAGGUCUGCUUUCAUAGAUGACUAAGGAAAUUAAAAAUAAUCACAUUUGAGAGGCUGAAAUUAGGAUAUUUACAGUACAUUUUUAAAUGAAACCAUGAAUCAAUUAUCAAAAUAGUUGUUGAUUAAUUGAAUCAAUUAAUAAUUGAUUAAUCGUUGCAUCGCUAAACCAAUUCAUCCAUCCAUCCAUCUUCUAUACUGCUUCAAUUAAUUUUGGGAUAUUUACAUCUUUAUUUCAGCUAAUAUUGGGCUUGAUACAGGCCUGUUAUCCUAAUAGACUUUUUAAUAACCCCAGAAUCACUUUGGCUUGGAAAUGGUAAGAUUUGCACAAGUUUUCACAGUACAUUAUUUACUAUAUUCACGUUAAUGCAGUAAUACUGUAGAUAUUUGGGGGUUUGUGAUUAUUUUCUUUGAGCAGUGCUUGUGAUUACUCAACAAUACUAUCUGAUUGUAUUUACUUGACUUUGUGUUCUUUCUAACUUGUCAAUUUACAGUUUUGUGUAGUUCUGCUACUUUUCUGAAUUGUUUCACACAACAAGGCAUCUUGAAACAUUCACCUUAGUACUGAAAAAGCGAUUUUGUUGGGACCAAUAAAGCGAUAAGAUAAGCUGGUCAAACAAAGCACAUACUUUAAUGUACGGCAUGCGUACAGUAAGAGCUGAGAAGAUGGACAGUACAGUAUUUGAGUUAUUCAGGUUAUUGGGAUGUUAUUGCAAACAUACACCAAGUACAACAUUAGGAUAAGAUCCAAAAGAAAUUCAUUCUACUGUGGAAUAGUAGAUCCUAUAGAAUUCAUUUGAUAAGAUGAAUGAUUGUGUUUGUGUGGCGCUGUUCAUGUGCACUCUUCCAAUAUUUUGGUACUUUCACACUGGAAACUGAAAUAAACGACUCAUUCAGGAUUCAAGUGAAUGAGUGUUGAUUUGAGUCUUGAUUAAACACACUAAAAUGCUUCAGCAAUGAUUGGUAUACAGCAGGGGUCCCCAACCACCGGGCUGCGGCCUGGGACCGGUCCGUGGGCGGGCCAAACUGGGCCAUGGGAAGCUUUCAGGUGCAAUGAUUAAAUUAAAAAAAAAAAAAAAAUUAAUAAUAAAAAAAAUUGUAAAUUUCAUUAACUUUUAUGUAAUGCAUAUCAAUUUUGAAAAUAUUGGUCAUUAAUUUAUUUCAAAAAUAAUAUACAGCUACAAAUCCCAUUGUUUUUGCAUGUACAGGUAUAUGUUGUUUGUUGUGAACGGCAACACGUCCCACUUUCUUUGAUGGUCUUUGAACACACCAUUGUGGGUGCGCUAAUUUUGUGCCACGCUGCACGGAUAGACUACUAUCCUGUAUUUUUACCCCUUUUCUUUCAGCUCAUAUUUGCUCCCAAAUGAAUUUGAUGACCUUACUAAGUGCUAAUGUGCAUAUUUGUUGGUGCACAACCUCCAGUGAAUUCAUGCGAGCACACUGCCUUUUACUGCAACAUCAAACAUCGUACUGGUGGCUCUGUAUUCAUUUUGUGCUGUUAAUUUGAUGUUCCUGUCCGAGUUUAUUUUACACAAUACAUAAUAAAUAAGACACAUUAGAUGCCUAUAAUGUAACAUGAGCCGGUCCGGGGGUAUACAGAAUAUUUAGUCAAUUAUUGUUAAUACAUACACAUGAUUGUACCUGUUGGCUGGUUCUAGUUUAGAGUCUCUUGAUAGAGAGAGUUACGACAACUGAGAUUACGCCGAUCAAGCGUGCCCGGUACGACAAUGCAUGUAAAAAGGGACUCUAGAAGUUGAAAGCAUGUUCUUUCCUCACUUCAGAUUAUUCAGGAUUAGAUCUAGUCUAAUUAGACUACUAUUAGAAGUAGUACUAGUAGGCUAAUAAUUUCAUUUUCAGAAUAAUUCAUUGGCAUUGCUUAAUCAAGCCUUAUUAUUAUGAUCUGAAAAAAUGACUGUUUAUUAAUAUUAGAUGUAUCAGCAUCACAAAGGGUGAAUGGCCAGUCCCAGCCAUAAACAAUUGUUAAAUAUUUUUGUAUUAUAUGUCACUUUUUGCAAUCAUAAGCAAUCAUUGUAAUUUGUAUUUGUGGAAUUCACAUUAAACAGAAAUUCACAACACCAAAUACAACACAUGGGACCGAACACUCUCAAUUGACCUACCUCGCACAGCUUUGAAGACGAGUUCGGCUUCCAACCCAAACGGUUGAUUUUAUUCUCCCAAACUGUCCGCCUGUUGAUAUCUGAAGGGAAUCUGUACAGCUUGAAACCCUUGUCGUGUCUAUUUGUGCAUCCAAAUGCACAACAACCCGGCAUUUUUGAUGAAUAAACAACAAUACAGCCAAGAAUACUGUUGUAUUCUGUUGUAUAAAGGCGAACGCAAACGCGAAUUUGGCCCCAGGAUGGCUCAACGGGUCACGUGACCGUAUUUUUUCGACUCGUCAUGUCGUAACUCUCUCUGUCUAGGGACUCUAGUUAUAGUUGUAGCUAGGGUCAUGUUUUUUGACUUCUCCAGUGCCUUUAACACCAUCCAGCCGUCACUACUCAGAGUGAAGAUGGAGAGCGUGGGAGUUGACCAACACCUGACUGCAUGGGUUAUACAACCCCUGGCAAAAAUUAUGGAAUCACCAGUCUCGGAGGAUGUUCAUUCAGUUGUUUAAUUUUGUAGAAAAAAAGCAGAUCACAGACAUGACACAAAACUAAAGUCAUUUCAAAUGGCAACUUUCUGGCUUUAAGAAACACUAAAAGAAAUCAAGAAAAAAAGAUGUGGUAGUCAGUAACAGUUACUUUUUUAGACCAAUCAGAGGGAAAAAAUUAUGGAAUCUCAAUUCUGAGGAAAAAAUUAUGGAAUCAUGAAAAAAACAACAACAAAAGAAUACUUCAACACACCACUAGUACUUUGUUGCACCACCUCUGGCUUUUAUAACAGCUCGCAGUCUCAGAGGCAUGGACUUAAUGAGUGACAAACAGUACUCUUCAUCAAUCUGGCUCCAACUUUCUCUGAUUGCUUUUGCCAGAUCAGCUUUGCAGGUUGGACCAUUUUCUUCAACUUCCACCACAUAUUUUCAAUUGGAUUGAGAUCCGGACUAUUUGCAGGCCAUGACAUUGACCUUAUGUGUCUUUCUUCAAGGAAUGCGUCUGUGUAGGCUCUCAGUCGUACAGGAGUUGUCCAUCGAGGAAAAGGCUUCUUGAGACGUCAUCUGUACUUCUGUGAAGAAGGUGUCGGACGUUUCGCUCCUCAUCCGAAGAGCUUCGUCAGCGAACUAAUAAGUGCUGGUAG